AUGUUUACCUUCAAGAUCUUAUUGCCCUUUUGGCUUUUGCUCAUUUGCAGUAUGCCUUUAAUCAUUGCUCUUCAAGACCUUGAACACAAACGUCUGACGAACAAAGUUUCUAGGGAAGAAAACAAAGCUCGAAAUUCUUUUGAUGUAUCUAUGAGAGCUCAACAACGAGCAAACAAUAGUCGCUUCGGUAUCACAAGAGCUUUUCAUAAUGCUUUCAGUCAAAAUAGAUGGAAAUCUUAUGAGCGACAUAAUUCUGCUGCUCAACGAAAUCAGGCUGACUUGGCUAGCCAUUCGUAUAGAACCAAAAGAUUUGAUACACCAACUGUUUGGCGAAAAUGA